AUGAAGAGUUAUGGGAGGCGAUGUUUUGGUCGAGAAGAGCCCCAUUGCCUCUCAGCGUGGGAUUCUCCGCUGCAGCGUAGCAUUGAGUUCGUGCUUUUGGAUCGCUUAUCGGCUGUGUGCUUGUCACGCACGAAAUAUAAUCUCGGAUGCAAUUUCAGUUUAAAUAUACUACAGCAGAUUCUAUUUCUGGCCAUUUCUUUAAGAAGAAUUUGUGAACCUGAAAAUGAAAGAGUUUCUCUUGCUUUGGGGACUGCUCAAGUGGUCACUAUUCCAAUUCAGUCAGCUCCUGGUACUAUGAAAGUAUCAACUUUAAAGACUGCAGAACCAACUCUCCUGCCAAAAAUCCGUCACAUGACUUCAGAUUCUGUAGUUCUAAAUUCUUCACAACGCUUGACACCACCUCAACAAAACCAAGUUAUUCAAAACAACCCACCUAAAAAUUACAUUUCUCCCAUUCUGGAUCAUAGUGGUUCCCGCAAAAGGCAGGAAGUGGAGAACGACUUCAUGCCUGAG